AUGACUGUCACCGAUGGCUACCACAGCACGAACCCGAACUCCAAUCGUUACAACUUACUCUGUUCACUGUUACGUGCUGGCAAGCGUGCGACGGGUCCACACAACGAGUUGACACCGUACGGGCUAAGCUCAGCCACGCCAGGUGGUGUCAUCGCAUCGGAGCCGGAUUCCGACCAGUUCUCCAUGCGCGUUGUUGCCGUCUCUAUCAGCAUGCUCUCGGACAAGUCUGCUGCAGCCGACAUGUCCAUCGACCUGCACAGUGUCGUUUGUGAGACUGUGGUGCUGGGCAUUAACUUUUGCCUGAGAGAUGCCGAAUUCCUUUCUUCCCGGCGAAAAAGACCCGCGUAA